AUGUUUGUAUGCCCGAGACAUCGAGCGAAUCUUGGUGAAUACUGGGGAAACCAGAGUCGAAGUUCGGCAUGCCAAUACCCUGAGCACAGAGGAAAGAAGAAAGGCGUCAAGAACGAUAGAGUAGUGUCCGUAAAGAUCGCACGAGAAGUCCAGCAAAUGUUUGCUGUUAUUAUUCCCGUCGGAAUGGGUAAGGCUAUGACGAAUUUUCGACGAAUUUAGCGCAAUACACAGUAUAUUCUCUUUAAUUGUGCCCUUUCCAAACAUUACCAAAUUUAAACCAAAAACCAUUAUACAAAGUCUUUUAAACGAUUAUGUUUUGGUUGCUAUUGUUUCUAGCUAUAUGCAACAGCUGUAGAAAAAGACAUAAUGAAAAACUAAAGGAAUAUCAGUCAUCGUGCCUUGAAGAAGACGACACCCAAGAUGAUGGUUUAAAGCCGCAAUCAAGGUAAAAUAUGCUGCUAAAAUUUAUGAUAAUUAUAAUUAUUAUACAUUGUAGUUGGUAAAAGCAAUUUGAUUGGCUAAGAGCUUACAGUUAAAUCGCGCAAUGACGCAACCUACAGAUAUGCGUGAGCCUAACUGCUAGCAGAUAACUGAGUUAUCUGCAAAUGAGCCUGUGAUGAUUAGCAAACGAUAUCUAUUUAACACAAACAAAUGUACACUAUAAUAAAACAACUGUUGAAUUCGGUUUUUGCGAUAUGCAAAAUUAUCAAGCUAAUGAGCCUAACUGCUAGCAGAUAACUGAGUUAUCUGCAAAUGAGCCUGUGAUGAUUAGCAAACGAUAUCUAUUUAACACAAACAAAUGUACACUAUAAUAAAACAACUGUUGAAUUCGGUUUUUGCGAUAUGCAAAAUUAUCAAGGUCUCGGUAAGCGUUAUCAGCGAUAACGCUUACCUCGACCUUGAUAAUUCCGCAUAUCACAAAACCCUCAUGUUAAUUAUUAUAAUCAUUAUAAUCGUGAUCAUUAUAAUCAUUAUAAUUAUUGUAAUUAUUAUAAUUCUCAUUUCAUUAUUAUUAUUAGCUGUUCAUUUUAUUAUUAUUAACUUUUCAUUUUAUUAUUAAUUAGCUAAGCAUUAUGGGAUUUUUGUGGUUCAUACAAUAGCACAAGCGCAUUUGCUAAAAUAUCAUUUACUGCUCUUUUCUUAAUAUUAGGAAGUGCAAAGAGGUGACCAUUGGCGCAAUAACGUCGUAUGCAGUUCCGGCAACUCCAUUGGCGGUGGCGAGUACAAGUGAAGAUCCCACUUGGACGCCAGGUAAUUGGCGCACUGUGGAGAACUCGGAGAGUUCUGACGAGGCUGAGUCACGCCCUGAUGCGGUGCUGAACGCCUAUAAUGAUUCAAUGGCAAAGAUCGCGUCCCUGUCAGAUGCAAGAGUAGUUUCUCUCGAAUCCAGACUUCAGUCUGAUUGGGCAAGUGCUUCAGAGAACGAGAAGGCGAGAUGGGAAAAGCAUGUUGACGAGGCUUGUAGGGCAGUGUGUCGAGUGAUUGCCCCAAAAGCUUCUUAUGAGCUCUUGGCGGCAUACCGAAAGUCAUCAGUACCAGGAAAGGCAGAAAACCAUCCUCGUACCCAGGCCGAAAACGCACUAGUCGCUGCUUACCAAAACGCACCAACGAAGAGCCUUAAGACACAUAUCCUCAGUAUAUAUGCGCCAAGGUAUACAGCGAAAGAGCUGAAAUCAAUGCACGGUGAAUUCGAGCAGCUAAGUGAUCGGCAGAUAAAAAAGGCAAAGGCACAUGCUAAAACCGUUGGCGCUGGACUGACCUUACCGAAAAUCGUACACCACAGGACGCGAAUAGAUCUAUCCAAGCUUAAUCAUUUUUUGACAUUUGCUGAUCAACCAUACUUCUAUCAAGACGUGUCGUAUGGCACUAGAAUGUUGAAGCUGCAGUCGGGAGAGCGCGCGCAGAUCAUGAUGCCCAACGUUGUGCGCACCGUUACCAGAUCCACUAUGAUAGAACAGACUAGCGGCUAA